CAUGAGUCAAUAUCAUUGCUUUUUUUUAAGAUAAUAUUUUCUUGCACAUAUUUGCCAUAUUUUUUUAAACUAUUUAUUUUUGAUGUGUCGUUUAUUGUUAAUAUUGUUUUUAAUUUGAGUCAUUUUUCUAUAUAUGCUGUAACGUUUUCUAUAGCGUUUGGGAUAUUUUCUUUUCUCAACGUGUGUCUCGAAAAACUUCCGAGAGAACCACCCUUUGUCAUGAAUAUUCAGCACGAGUCAUCUUAUUAAUAAAUUAGGACACGUAAAUAGUUAGUAUUCAUGCUGAGAGUGAGUAAAGGAUUGCAAGUGGCUACAUGUGUCACUCUAUUAAAGCUGUCGACACUCUGAUAGAGAGGGGCAUUUCCAGGGGCUGUUCAUAUGGGAAAGGGUAAAUAUUUUAGCGUGAUCUGAAUUUUGUUUGCUAUCAGGGUUUGUUAACAAACUAAUUUAAAAAUUUAAUUUUGUUUCUAUGGAGGAAAAAAUCAUUUACCCUCCCACUGAGAUCUUGGGUGCGCACGAUCGAGAUCUCGGUAAGCGGGUAGUUUACCAUAUAAACAGAAGUGUUUCCUUGGUAUGCGAGAUAAACUUAUGGCAAAAACUCAUAUUUCAUACAUCCCUUAAAGAAGAAAUUACUGAUGUAAUUAUUUUCCAUAAGAAGACUUACUUUCUGUUUUGUACAUUGAUUUUUGUGAACUUAUAAGUUGAAUAAUUUUUUAAAUUUCCAGCGAGAAAAAUUUAUCAACUUUUAAUUUUUUUUCACUACUGAAGACUCUGUCCGUUCAUUUCGUUAGCCGUUACGUUGCCGUAACAUUGCAUGACUGAUGGAAGUUGCUUGUGACGUUUAAUCUAAUUUGCGAGAACGCUUAAGAGGCCUAAUUAAAAUCACAGACGAACAUGUCACUGGUCAGCCAUACUGUAGUACGUGUUAUGGUCAAGACGUAGAUUAAACCUAGAAAACCAGGUAAAGAUGGCAAGAUUUAAAAAAAUGAGGGGAAAGCCUAAAAAAAUUUAUAAAAUAAAUCCUACCGAAAAUUAAUGUCAUUAAAUCGUCUAUUAUUGAAUAUUUAAGUUCUUAAAAUUAUACCGACUGCAACAUAACCAAGGAGAAUUUUAUUUUUUUAAAAAAAGGGGCAGUGACAAGCACUUUAGAACUCUAGGCCAUGAUAAAAAUGUGUGUUAUAUUCUUGUUCUCCUAAUCGCUUAUUAUGUUCGGAAUUCCUUGUGAGUAUAAACAGGGAAGAUAAGAUAUAAACGGCUGAUUAUAUAACCCAGAUCAUCAUAACCAAUAAUAUACCGUGACAUCGCUGAGAGAAGUGUCAUACAGGAUGACACAACGCUGUGUCAUGCAGAAUGACGCAACGCUGUAUCACGCAAGGAGCGUCAGUAUUUGUUAAUAAUUUGCGUUAAUGAGACGCGACUGAUAAUUACGACACAUAAUUAACAAAGUAAUUAAACAUUUUGAAGACCAUGUAAUUAUAUUUGUGAAGUGACAUAAGCGAAAGUUACCCGUGUACAGGGUUUCCUUUUCAAUUCAUGGGACAUGUCGUAAUUGUUAAAAAAUAGCUUUUACUUUUGCGUCUUCAUUUUGCAUCACAAGACUCACUCUGACUAGUUCUUAUACGUGAUUAAUAAGAUUCUUUUUUGUUCUGUUUCAUUUUUGUAGUCUCGGAUUGUUUCUUUUUGAUUUUUUUACAUCAUAUUACGCUUUGUGUAGAGACAAAUAUAAUAAUUUAUGUUAGUGGUAUAACUAUCACUAAAAUAGAUUGUGGACAGUUACAAAAGUAAAAUUUAACCUCUACGUUGGAGAGCAAUGGUGCGUGUUCUUUUUUUCAUGUUUUGUUCACGUGUACACAAAUAGUACACAUUUCAAGGUAGGGUUUCUCUGACAAGAUUAAUGAUGUUAUGAGCAAAGAAAAAUAAACGGAUCAAUAUUUCUGACGUCAUAAUGUAAUUUUGCUGAUUAGCAGGUUUUUCUUGUACCAUGUUUAAAUAGAGCGAAGUGAAAUUUUCUUCUAUCUUUCUUGUGGGCCUUAUGUACAAGAAAAACGUAUUUUUGUGUUAUGGCUAUUGGGUUAAAAAGGAGUAUGGGUGGCUUUACAGAAUUCUCGUACAAAUUCCCUAAAUUAUGCGAGUCGAAACGAAAAAAUGGUUGCGCGCUUCUUUCCAUAUCAACACCAUGUGCAUCAACAAUGCUUUGUCCUCCAACAAAAGUUCUACCAUUUUUAUACCUUGGCAGUGAGAAAGACGCGCAAUCCGAAGAUAUCCUUAAAACUUGUCGCGUGAAGUAUGUUCUCAACGCUAGUCAGACGGCAGCCGAUACUCCAUACUGUAGUUUAGGUCAUUACCUGAGAAUACCCAUACAAGAUAAUUCGAAUGAAAAUAUUGUCACGUGGUUUCAGACAGCUUUCGAUUUCAUAGACAAAGUGAAGGAGAGUGAUGAUCAUGUUCUUCUCCAUUGUGUUGGUGGAGUAUCAAGAUCUGCAACUAUAGCUAUUGCCUACGUUAUGAAGCAUCUUUCGCUCUCCUUGGAUAACGCUUAUAGGUAUGUCAAAGAAAAGCGUCCGACGAUAUCUCCCAACUUAAAUUUCAUGGGACAGCUACUACAAUAUGAGCAAGAGUUACUGAAAGAAACCCAACUUAUCUGUACACCUCUUAGCGAACUGAAACUAGAGGGAUUAAAAUCGCCGUCAGAAUUUCGCAAUAAUACUUACGUCUUCACGGAAAAUAAAAGAUUGAACUUAAAUAGUUGUAACGCAUUUCCGUCACCCGAUAGCGACGGUACAACGCCGUCUUCGACUUCGACAGACUUUAUGCCGUCUCCUGGAUCGGACGAUAUACCUUCUCCGAGUCGAAGUGAAUUUGUGAACACUAGCGAAGAAUCUUGUCGCUCGAAACCAUUCACUUUAGAUAUCAAUUUUACAAAAAAAGAUACUUGUAAAUCCAAAGGGUUCACACUGCAGCUGAACUCUGAAAGGAGGUAGCUGGUGAACGAAGUUUCUAGAAUUUUUUUUCAAAUUGACUUUUCUGUACAUUAUUUUCACUCCUUUCUUUUUUUUAAAUGCAACGUUUCUGUAAUUCGUAUUAUGAAAGAAUUGUUCGCCAUUGCAGACACUUUUAAGGUCCUCUUACUUGCCUUAGGAAUUUUGUUGCAUCCUCUUUCCCAAUACUCCCUUUGAGUACUGGAAACGAGGCUGGAACUGUUAGUCUUUCUUAGUUUUAUAUUACAUACUAUGUAUGAUUGUUACAUAAAUAUUUUGUUUGUAUUUAUUUAUAUUAUAUUCUUGCGGCUGUAAAUACAUAAAACACCAUUGGAGAAUAAA